CCUUAAGGUUGGUUUUUGGUAACGGUCAGACAUAUGACUCUGCAUGUGACGGAAUUACUGUUUUUCAAGCACUUUUCGUUGACAAAUAAUUGUUUACGGAUAGAAAACCUAUCACAAAAGCAAACAAUUAUUUAUAUCGUUAAUUUUCUAUAGGAUUUUAAAUAAGAGAUUACGCUGUCAUUGUUUACAAGCACAAUAGUUUGUUUUGCAUAUGUUCUUAAAAGCUAGAGUAUAGAAAGUGAUUAGUGUAUCUUGAAAAUAUUAAGUAUAUCGUGGAGUAUAAUAAAGUCGCCAACAAUGAGCGACGAUCAGACAAACGAACCAACUGUCGAGUUGUCAUCAAAUGAUAUCGAAAAAUUAGAGGAAGCUAAAUUAAAAGCUAAAUUUCCAAAUGCGAUUGGACGUCCGAUUAGUGGUCACUCAGCAUUUUUACAAAAAAGAUUAGCCAAAGGUCAAAAAUAUUUUGAUUCUGGAGAUUAUCAAAUGGCAAAACAAAAAUCGGCAGCUAAGCCAAAACCUGCUGGCAUUUUACCAACAGGUGAUGCUAUUCCUACACCAGAAAGCGUGCCACAACGUAAAACUUCUAUUAUUCAACAAAAAUUUAAUACAUCAACAACAUCUUAAAACUAUCCACACAUUCGCUAUAUUUAAUAGUAAUAGUUGUUAAACAAACCAUUGUCCAAAUGUGGUAAGAGUAUAAAAAUUUGAAACAUAAAUUAAUUAAGUAUAGCCGUACUUCUUUAGAGAGAACUCUUAUUCUUUAUAUUCAAUUUUUUUAGUAACACAUUAUUGUAUUAUUCGAUAGAUUAACCAUUUAUCAUAAUUAUUGCGAAACAUGAUUCUAAAAAUGUCUGAAAAAUUUUUUAAAUAUUUUAAUACAAUAAGUAGUAUAAGAGCCAUACAUGCAAUAAUUUUAUCGGGCUUAUAAUUAUACGGUUAGAAAAUAUUUGAUCCAAUCAAAAGCCUAUAUGUUUUAAAAGUCAUGAUUUUUGUGUUUAUUAUUUAACAGCAAAUUUAAAUUACAGUAAAUUGUUUAUUUUAUUAUUGAAAACACUUCUUUGAAUUAUAUCAGUAAAAAAUUAAACUUUAUAAUAUUUAAUUUCUAUAUUAUAUUUUCUAAAAUAAGAGAAUACACAUAAAGUACUAUGAAGAGAUAUGUGCAUAAUAAAGAUAGUAAUGUACGAAUGAUUAAUAGCGAAUGAAAUAAAUCCAAUGCUCUAUACGCAAUAGAGAUUCAGGGUAAAAGAUUAUAUAAAUAAUACAGAUCUGCAUUUUUAAAGUUGCUGUGAUGCACUCAGUAAGAGUAUUUUCUUAUAAGAAUUCAGGUUGUCCUAAAAAUCUGUGUGCAAAGUACGAUGAUCUUAAAUGAAGCUACUCUGCUUUGAUUAUUGUAAACUAUAUUAGUAAUAUAUUGCAAUUAAAAUAA